ACUGUAACACUGCCACCAAAAGAAAAACAGAAAGAAUGGAAGACGAUGCUCCAGUUAUUUAUGGCCUGGAAUUUCAGGCGAGGGCACUAACUGCUCAAGUUGCAGAGUCUGAUGCAAUUAGAUUCUUAGUUGGAACUCAAUCUUUGAAAUUUGAUAACCAGGUACAUCUUCUAGAUUUUGAUGAAGAGAAUAACCAGCUUAACAAAACAGUAUACUUACACAAAGAUGGUGAGAUCUGGCACAUAACAUCAAGCCCAGCAGACAAGAAUAUUCUUGCAACAUGUUACAAUAAAACUAUAGAUAACAAAACAGAGAGGUUGACAUCAUUAUGGCGGAUACCCACAGAAUCAGACUUGUCUGAGCAUGGGGUUGAAGGUCACGAUGACACAACCUCUAGUGCGCCCUCAUUAGAGUUGCUUUGUAACUUGGAAAGUGCAAAUUUUGGUAACAUUGUCUGCACAAUGUGGGAGCCUCAAGAAGAUGGGUCUAAGAUGUUAACAUUAUCAGAAAACAACAUUCUACAAUGGGAUUUCCAGGCCAGCUCAUCCCAAGCUAGGAUAAGUAACUCGGCAACAUUAGAAGUGAAAGGCCAUCCAAAGUUUACAAGUGGCAGUUGGAAUCCUCACCAUAACAACAUUCAAAUAGCUACAGCCAAUGACACUACAAUCAGAGGCUGGGAUCUGAGGACUAUGCAAGAAGUGUACACAAUAGAAAAUGCACACAGUCAGCUUGUCCGCGACGUAGACUUUAACCCAAACAAACAGUACUACCUAGCGAGCUGCGGCGAUGACUGUAAAGUUCAGUUCUGGGACACAAGAAACACAUCUGCAUCAGUGAAGACACUCAAAGACCAUUCUCAUUGGGUGUGGAGUGUACGGUACAACCAUUUCCACGAUCAGUUAGUGUUGACAUCCAGUAGUGAUAGCAGGGUAAUACUCAAUAACGUCUCGUCUAUUUCAUCGGAACCAUAUGGCCAUCGUGAGGAAGAUGAUGAUGAUAGCGAUAUUGAGGACAGUGACAGGAAACCAUUAGAGCCAGUUCAGGAUGAAAUGAUUACAACCUAUGAAGAGCAUGAAGACAGCGUGUAUGCUGCUGAGUGGUCCACCGCAGACCCAUGGUUGUUUGCCUCCCUCAGCUUUGACGGACGCCUUGUUAUCAACCGGGUACCAAGAGCAGAGAAAUAUAAGAUUUUACUAUGAAGAUCUCACAUUCGAUAUUAGACAACAUAUUUUUAAAAUGGUGUUUAAAUUUUAUAUUGGCUCACAUAUUAAAGGUCUACUGUUUGUCUUGUCAUGGAAGAAGAAACCUUAACAAUUCUAUUAAAACAUGGAAGAGCUCAUUUAAUGGUGUUUAAUAUACUCUAUUUAUUUGAAUAGACACUCCCCGUUGAAUAAACUCCCCCUCCCUAGAAAUUCAUUUGAAAUUAAUUUCUCCCUCAAAUAAACGCCCAGAGGCCCAAGUAACUAAACAAAUUUAAUGGAAGCAACAUCAUUCACAUCGUAAAUAGCAUAGAACUAAUGUUUUAUUGUGGUCUGUAGUAAUUGCUUGCCUUUUUAUGGGAUGUUUUUUAUCGGAAAAUUGUUAAGUUAAGAAUACACAGUCUUCUUAAUAAAGCAUGCAUAGUGAUGAAAUCUGUUAUAUUUUACAAAAUAUACUAUAUUGCCCGAAUGAUAAAGAUCUGUAAUAAUGAACUGAUGAAAAAAUAUUAUGUACUUCUCAUUGUUAUAAUUAAUGAAGUUACACCAUCAUUAUUAUUUUAUUCAUAAGUGAUGUCAAGUUUGAUACACUAAUGUUUGUGUAUGACAGUAUGAUGUUAAACCAGGGGUUAAACUGAGAAAGAAAAUAUGCCACACAUAUUAAAGCUAUGUUCAUAAUAAUUGGAUUAUCAAUUUUUUUGCUGAACAAAUUGAAACUAGUUACUCCUACUUCUAAAAUCAGUGCAAUAUAGGUGACAGAAUGUCUGGCUAUUCCAAUAAAAGUUUAUUUAAAGGUAGUUAAA